UCUGAAGUUCUGGUGAUGUUCAAGAAAGAAUAUUGCCUCUUUGGUACAGGAUAGCCAGAAAUGAUCUCUUAUUCACGAAGCAUAAUUCAAAGGCUCCAGAUGGAUGUAAUGGGAGUCAUCAUAUUUUUAUCAGGCUGCAGCGGGAGUUCAGUACAUGGACCUAACACAGUAGAAGCCUUCAUUGGAGAGAUGUUCACAGUAACAUGCUAUUAUGAUACGUAUUAUACCAAUUAUGAAAAAUACUGGUGUAAAGGGGAGAACUGGAAGAACUGCAUGAUUCUAAUUGAAACUACAGGGUCAGAAGAAGAAAUUCACAAAGGAAGAUAUUCUAUUAAGGACAAUCACACUUCUCAUUCCUUUUCUAUAAAUGUGUAUACUCCACAAAAGACAGAUUCUGGCUUUUUUUGGUGUGGAAUAAACAAGUACAUGUGGGACAAAAUGACCAAAAUAGAAAUAAAUCUUAGUGCUCUGCCAUCUACUGUAAAAAUAUCAGCAACAACAUUCACGACAUUACCUACAACUACAGCGACACUCACUGCGUCAGUGCGUUAUUCUCCCCUGACCUCUCAUUCUUCUGCUUUUGGAAGGGGACAAUCCCAGGGUUCCAGACUCAACCUGAUGUAUUUCCUGUUGUUGCUCUCUCUGAAGUUUCCAGUCAUCAUACUGGUUCUAGCUGCUACUGCAGCUUGAACAAAAUCUCAGAACAUGAACUCGAUCACUAAAAUGAAGAAAGAUGCUUAUCUAACUGUAUUCUAGCAUCUUUAAUACAAAUCAGUGCUGAGUUCAAGAUGGUAAGAAUGAGAAUCCCUAGAGACCGAUUCCAAGAGAUGGCAGGUGUGGCUCUGGAAAUCUAGAUCAUAAAAGAUUACACAGAAAGAAACAAAAUGAAACCAUCCUUUCCACAAGAAACACACCAACUCUUUUGUGAAGACAUGUGCCACAGAACUUUAUGAAACUCUUCAUAUCAGAAAGAGUGCUAACUUCUACACAAUGAUAAUUAAUUUGUGCAUGCUUAAGAGUUAUUGCCACUUGCAAUUUAUGUAAUCUAACUAUAAUAAGAAUGCUUUAUAUAUUAGUAUAUAUAUUUUUCCUCAAUUUUCCUGCUGUCCAAAAUAAAAAGUGCAAAUAUUUUGGUACAUAUCUGCAUUUACCACUAACUAAACAAUGUCUGGGAUUGGGGCUUUUGGGUCAUAGAGUUUCAUUUAAACAAAGUUUGAGCUGGAUGCAGUUGAAUGCUGUUCUAUCAUGUAGCCAGGACAGUGUCUGACUUGGAAAAUGAUGGUAUUGUACCUCUGAUAUCUAUCUUAUUAAAUUAAAAUCUGGUGCUAACCUUUCUUCUUCCUCUGAAAUGUACAAUGACCAUAGUGGACUAAUUUUUCUUUGUCUAGGUUGUUCAAAUUCCUAUUAAAAUGAUUAAUGUUUACAUAGAGUAAAGGUCCAUUAAUACAGAAACUCAAAAUGCUGUUCUGCUUGUGAAACAUUUGUAGGAAAUAAAAAACAAAGCUAAAACAUGUUCUCCUGUUGUGAAUGAAAUGCUUAUUGAAGUAAGUACAGUUAAAAUGUUAUUCCAGUUGUGAAAUGUUUGAAUAAACUAAAUCUAAAAUGGUUUAUAUUAUUCUGAAGACUAAAUUCAGAGAUUAAAUAAUUGAAAAGUUUUUUUCAGCCUGAACUCAUAGAUAAGAAACAAAAGGGUGAACCAAAAGCAAGUCAUAAGAUGGAUUAAACUUGACUCAGUAAAAAUAAAGAAUUCCAACAGUGACAGUCUCGUAAGCAUUACUUUUGUGCUAUAAUAUCCUUGGAUCCAUUCAAGUAUGAAAUCAUUCUAUUUAUCUCAUCCUAAUUUUGCAUAUAAAAGAAAAGAAAGGUAAAUUUAAAGUUCUGCAAAAGAACUUUGUAGACUCAAAGGGUCCUAGUUAGAAAAGAUAAAAUUAAGUUGCUAAGUUCAUAGCAUCUAUUGUACAUGAGUCCUCUGUACUGUAUUAUUAUUCUUUAGACUACUUUACAGUGAUAUUUUAGUGAUGCACUCAUGAGAAGUUCAUAAUUAAAUAUUGCUGCUAUAAUAAAAAAUCAUUUGGCAUACAUCCCCAUAUUAAACGCCAAAAUACUUUUAAUUGUUUCGGUCUAAAUGAAACUUUAUUUGUUGACAUUCGUUUACCAGGAAAGCCCAUUUGGGUACAGGUACCCUUUUUCAGUGGAGGCCCAAGGAAACAAAUCCCCAGGAUAUCAUAUUUCAUGCAAUCAAUCUUUACAAUAAAUUUUAUAAUGCAUUUUCAAUGAAUACAUAGCAUAAUAGUCAGUAUAACAAAAUUUGUAAACAUUAAAUUUAUAGGUCUUGUACUGAGACUUUACAGACAGAAGAGUGGUAUAUAUGAUAGGGAGGCGUAAUUUAAGAAAUACAAGUUUGAGUGUCUACAGGGGAGUAGUGAUAAAAUAGUAAUCGAUUACACUAGUUAGAAGUAUCUAUAGUACUUUAAGAAGUGCAAUAAAGUGGGGUAUUAGAAGGGGUAAAGCAGAACAAUUAAGGUGAAAUUUAACAUACCAUCUUAAAUGUCUCUGCAAGAAACCGGGAUAUUUCAGUUAAGAAUGGUAAAACGGCAAAUCUGCAUAAACUGAUCGAUGUUUUCUAGAUGAUUUAAAUGUUCAGAUAAUUGCAGCAUUGAUUAAAAGUCUGGAUCAGCUUUUACUUUAUUGUACAAAACUGCCAUUUACUUUGUUGUACAAUUUGUGUGAAAUAUGAGAUAAAUUUGCAGUAUAAACGUAUGUACCUUUUGUUGUGCAUCUUAUUAGAUUAUGUGUU